CUAAACUAAGAUGUUCCAUAUUUAGUUGGUGACAAAUAGUACGGAUUAUACAUUAUAUGAGUACCACAGAGUGUAACACCGAACAAAGUCCACACCACACAUGUCAUAUGUCAUAGAGCGUCUGCAUCGCAACACAGACAACCUUCACGUUACACAGAGAAGCCAGAUGGAGACCGUUCACAUCGCCAUACUGACAACCUUCACGUCACACAGAUAAGGAAGACGAGAGCGUCCACAUCGCUACACUGACAACCUUCACGUCACACAGAGAAGCCAGACGAGAGCGUUCACAUCGCCACACUGCAAACCUUUACGUCACACAGAGAAGCCAUACAAUAGCGUUCACAUCGCUACACUGACAACCUUCACGCCACACAGAGAAGCCAGACGAGAGCGUUCACAUCGCCACACUGACAACCUUUACGUCACACAGAGAAGCCAUACAAUAGCGUUCACAUCGCUACGAUGACAAUCUUCACGUCACACAGAGAAGACAGACGAGAGCGUUCACAUUACAGAAAGUAUAUAUGAACUUUUAACUGUACCACUAAGAGUGAAAUAACAAGACAAUAAACACCUAUACCCGGACAUAAUAUGGAACUGGGUGGAAUAAGGAAAGUGUCCAAGUUUCUGUCUCAACAUCUCGAUGCCAUGGAUAGCGUAGGUUGUGAGGAAUCAGUUGGUGUUAGACGUUUAAUGAGUUAUUUAGCUCAAGUGGCCGGUGACAAAUCUAAGAAAGGCAGCAGUAUAAUGACUGGUUCUAAAUCAGAAGGAUUUAAUUUUAGCAGCUCUGAUAUGGACAUGAUGAUAGUAAUAAAUGAAGUAAAGGUAGUUCAGCCACACGAUGACAUACAGGAAGGGGAUGUCAAUCACAUGAUUCUGGUCACGGAUGACACUGGUUGUAGACCUGGCUAUACUUUACUCAGGCUUUACAAAGAAGGCGUUGAUCCGGACAAAGAUGUAAUGAGUGCAUUGGCAGAUGUUAAUGGUUCAUUGUAUCUGUCCAGCCUUGUGUAUAUUAACAACGUGUUACCGCCAAAUUGUUACCAACACGGACCCUGCUCAUCGCUUCAGGCAAAUAGUAAAAAUAAAAAGGAAAUAGAUAUUGCAUUUUCUUUCCAUUGCCGGUCUUGGCCUGAUAGUCUCAGUGACUUUAGGUCUCGCACCAUUUAUUGUAGAUGGCCAUCUAGAGAUCUGGUUAAUUAUAUCGUUCGGGAUGGCUGCUACUUCGUUGCAAUCGGUGAUAAACAUUCUAGUAUGAAUGCAAUGCAAUGGCGGAUUUCUUUUGCAAAAGCCGAAAAAUCCCUCGUAAUGUCAUUUAAUCACGUACAAUUCAAAACGUACGCUUUACUGAAAAUAUUCCUCAAAGAGUGUCUUGAACGUGAAGAAUCAAUUAAGGACUUGCUCUGUUCUUAUUUCAUGAAGACAAUUAUGUUCCAUGCGAUAGAACACUCCACAAGUUCUAUGUGGGUGGACGAGAACAUUGUACAGUGUUUUUGGUUCUGCUUUACCAUACUUCUGGAAUUUGUACAAACCGGAUACUGCCCUAAUUACUUUGUGCUUACCCACAACAUGUUUCUCUCUAACGUCACUGGGGACAACAGGAGGAGACUACUCCAUGUGCUGAAUAAAUACCAGUGUAUGGGGUGGAAGUGUUUGUUUCAGUGCCCCAGUCUUCAGUCUUUACCUCAAAUCAUUCACGAAAGUCGUUCAGUUAAUCCAGUUUCAACUCAUAAACAGAUGGCUUUAGCUGAAAUCAAUCGGGAUUUACUCAUCCAUACACAGCACAAUUCUAUAGGAUUCCACGAUAUUGCGGCCAUAUUAAAAAUAAUAAACGGGGCGUUUUUAAAGUGCUCUGGUGACCUUUACUCUGAUAUAGUAUUGCUUGCCACUAUCAAUGCUGUCACGAACACUUCUGGCAACAGCAUUGCAGAUCUUACACGGACCCAAAAUAUCCAACCAAAUAAAGUUGUCUACAACCUUAUCAGAAGAGAGAAACAAUUACUCCACCUGUCGGCAGCCACAGAUGUCUGUGUCGGACUGUUAUCAUUGGCCACGUUUUACUACAAUACUGGUUGUUACAACAAAGCCUCUAAGGUAGCAAUCCGCGUGGUGUCCGCCUGUCAACAGAGGGCGCUGAUAGAGGAACAUGGCGAAUUUUCGGAAUAUUUUGAGGAAAUGUGUGGUAAAAGAUACACACUUCUACAGAAAGCGCAACGUUCGUUUGUGUUUGUAUAUAAAAUUCAAGCAAAGUACAACACACUGUAUCCACCAGAACUAGACAUUGAGGUUCAAGCAACCGAGGACAAUCAUGAGUUUAUUUACCUCCCACCACUACCGUACGCUAUCUUCCUCGUGGUGCUAUCUAUGUAUAGACUCAACAGUAUUGGCCAGGCCCGGGUUCUCCUCGAUGCUCUCAUGACUGUACGCAGCGAUGAAGUCUAUGGAGUACUUCACUACCCCAUUUUACAUAACCUGGUGGGGAUAUGUCACCAAUUGUUGGGGAACACAAGACAGGCCAUCAUGUCUUUUGAGGACUCGUGUAGACAACUUCCUGACAACGGAGCAGCUGCCAGUAGAAUUACCGAGCUACGACGGCACCAGAGAGAAGAGCGAGGUGACACAGACAUCGACGCCCUGGACUACUGCAAUGUUCCAUGUAGAUAUGAGCGAUACGAACCUGACGACGACGACGACGACGACGAAGACGACAGGUUGCACUACCAUAAAGUGAUGUACAACACUGACCCAGUCGAUUUUGUUGAUAUGUGGGUAUUUUAAAACAUAAUUUUCCAUCGCAGUAUCCCGAUUAAAGUUUGGUACAAUCACGUUAAAUACAGAUUUUUAUGGUUGUUGGAUAUAAACAAGAACCUCAUACAGUAGAUCGUCAAUUCUUGAUCAAAUGUGAACUUUAUCAUAAUGAUGUCGUCGGUACUGCGAGUUGCCGUGUUAAAAUCAUAAAGAGACAACAGUUCAUGUAACCAUUUAAAUAAUUUGUUUGUGAAAUAGAUGAGCUUGUUACGCUAGAUAUAACCCCCGUCAGUGUCUGUAUGGUAUACUGGUAAACUACAGAGGUAGAACGACAAUUUGUUCUGAUAUGUUCAUAGGUAGCAGUGUACAGUAGAGGGUUGUGGCCAUGGGUGAUAUUUUUGUUAAAUGGCUAACCCCUGU